UGCAAUUAAAGACGGCCCUUUGUCCUAUUUUCAGCAGCUGAUUUAGUAUUAACAAGUGUUCCUGUGAGCCCAAAGGUGUCUGCGUGCGGCUCCGUGACAAUGUGGGCCCUUGUUCUCUGGAUUUUCGCUCUUCUUCUAGCCCUGGUUGCACUCUGUUUUAUCCUAUUCUGCGGAUAUGUCUUCUACAUGCACGAGAAAUAUGACCACAUUCCCGGCCCCCCCAGAGACAGCUUCAUCUUUGGACAUAUUCCCACAACAUUGAAGCUAAUCAAGAAAAAUGAGCUUAUGUAUGACUUGUUUUUAGAGUGGGUCCAGAAGUACGGGCCGGUUAUACGGCUUAAUUUUUUACACCAGGUGCUUGUUUUGGCUGUCAGCCCAGAAGCAGUGAAGGAAUUUCUGAUGUCUCCAAAAUACACAAAGGACAUGUUUUACGACACUAUGUGUAACAUGUUUGGCGUUCGGUUCCUGGGAAAAGGCUUAGUGACAGAUCGGGAUUAUGACCACUGGCACAAACAGAGGAGAAUUAUGGAUCCAGCGUUUAGUAGAACAUACCUGAUUGGAUUGAUGGCGCCCUUCAAUGAGAAAGCCGAGGACUUAGUGGAGAAGCUUGCGGAAAAGGCUAAUGGAAAAAGUGAGGUUGGGAUGCACGACAUGCUGUGCAGAGUCACUCUGGAUGUCAUCUCAAAGGUAGCUUUUGGGAUGGACCUGAAUUCCAUUGAAGAUGAUCAGACUCCGUUUCCUCAGGCCAUAUCCCUGGCUAUGAGAGGAUUCGUGGAAAUGAGAAACCCUUUUAUCAGGUUCUCUUUGGAAAAGCAGAAGUAUAUAAAAGAUACUCAGGAAAGCAUCAGACUUCUCAGGAAAACCGGCAGAGAAUGCAUUGAGAGACGCAGAAAGGCAAUUGAAGAGGGAGACGACUUUCCGGUGGAUAUACUCACACAGAUCCUCAAAGGGGAAGAAGCCCAGGAAGGUGGUUGUGACAUGGAAGGUUUGCUGGAUAAUUUUGUUACUUUCUUCAUCGCAGGGCAAGAAACAACUGCCAACCAUUUAUCAUUCACAGUGAUAGAACUGGCACGGAACCCCGACAUUCUGAAAAAGGCCCAGGACGAAGUGGAUGAAGUUCUGGGUUCCAAAAGAGACCUUGACUACGACGAUCUUGGAAAACUGCAAUAUCUGUCUCAGGUCUUGAAGGAAAGCUUAAGAAUGUACCCUCCUGCUGCCGCCACAACACGUGCACUAAUAGAAGAAACUGUUAUAGGGGGUGUGAGAAUUCCCGCUAAAACAUCCCUGAUGUUUAACUCCUACAUCAUGGGAAGGAUGGAGCAGUUUUACCCCGAUCCCAAUGUCUUUAACCCAGAUCGAUUCCACCCUGAUGCUCCCAAGUAAGUGUUUGCUUUUUACCUUUGAACAUUGAAACUGAUUACCUGUGUCUCUGUACAGAUGGAGGCGAAGGUGGUAAUGGCCAAGCUCCUGCAGAGAUUCGAGUUUGAGUUGGUAGAAGGACAAAGCUUCAAGAUUUAUGACACAGGCUCUCUGCGGCCCAUGGACGGGGCAAUGUGUAGACUGAGGCCCCGAACAAUCUCUGGAACCACAAAGAAAUAGACUUUUAUA